AUGAUUUUCUGGAUCCUGUCAUCGCUGCUUCUGCUUUUCGCUGAAGCUCAACAAGAGAAAGAUCUCGUCACAAAUCUGCCAGGACUUCAAUUUGAAACAAAUUUCAAGACCUAUUCUGGAUAUUUGAAAGCGAACGCUGACAACACAUGGCACAUGCACUAUAUGCUGACAGAGUCCAAACAUGAUCCAGACAAUGAUCCUUUGCUCGUAUGGUUCAACGGAGGACCAGGAUGUUCUUCUUAUGCAGGCCUCUUUGAAGAGCUUGGUCCCUUCUAUGUCAAUUUUGAUGGGCAGACUUUAUACGAGAAUAAGUACUCCUGGAAUGCGAAGGCAAACGUCCUCUAUUUGGAAUCGCCAAUUGGAGUGGGAUACUCCUACGACAGCGUGCACGACAGUUUCUACCAAGCAGAAGAUUCCCAAACAGCCUCACAGAAUUAUUUUGCUCUCAUGGACUUUUUCAAUACGUAG